UUCUGACAGAAGCUGCAGCAGAUCCCAGUGGCAUCUGUGAGCUCUGAACCACAAGCUCUACCUGUUUAGAAGCAAGCUCAGAAGCUUCACAAGGUUUCAGGAACACAGCCAUGGCCAAGGAACUGUCUCCAGAACAAAAGGCUGCAUUCAAGGCGGCCUUUGAUGAGGCUGACUCAAAUAAAGAUGGCAAGAUCAGCCUGCAGGAGCUGCGUGACGUGGUAAAGAAGCUGGGCAAGAAUAUCUCAGAUGAAGAGCUGAAACAACUAAUGAAGGCUGUGGACAAGGAUGGUGAUGGUAGCAUCAGCUUUGAGGAGUUCCUGGAAGCGAUGAAAAAGCAGGCGAAGGCCCUGGGCAAUGAGGAGAUGCGGGCUGCCUUCCAAGCCUUUGAUCUGAAUGGUGAUGGCCACAUCAGUGUGGAAGAGCUCAAACAGACCAUGACCCAGCUGGGGCAGCAUCUUUCUCAGGAGGAGCUGGAUGACAUGAUCCAGAUGGCUGAUGUGGACAAGGAUGGGAAGGUGAACUACGAGGAGUUCAUGAAGGUCCUCAGUCAGAAGUGAGGCUUUAUCUUGUCCCUGUCUGCCUGACUCUGGGUUGCCAGAUUCUAGUGCUCUCUCAGGGACCCUGCUUUUGUGCUGGGGCUAUAAGUGGAAAGUCUGGGUUGGUGGAUGGGAAAUUACCUCAUGGAUGAGGAAGACUUUGCUCUCUUGGGUCUGGAAGCUGGGUGGUUUGGGGUUACUAAUGAGCCCCUCUCUGCCUACUGAUUCCCUGGGUGAAAGGUAGCCUCUUCGGUCUGGUCCCUCCUCUUUUUUCCACAAUGUAAUGAGUGUUCCUUACUUCACAGGGCUGUUGUGAUGAUCUAAAUAAAAGGAAUGCAAAGCCCA